AUAUGAAGUCUGCGAAAAGCUAGUAGAAGGCUCUUCUCCCGAGGUACUUUCCACGAUAAUACCUACAGAAACAUUUCGAUUUGACUCACAAUACGCCAAAACCGAAAAGUGAAAAAUAUGUUACGACCUUCGCCUGCAACAAUUCGUCAUCACUCACGGUGCUUGACCACUUAUACCGGUGGCCAUCGUGCCCUCACUCGCAACCCUACCACGACUGCCAGGCUUAGUGGGCCAAUCGCCUCUACCAGGUGGCAGCUCAAUGGCUGUCGCAUGUUCACACAAUCUCAUUCGGUAGCCAAUAUGCCGCCACCUGGUGGUAGGGGGCCGUCGGGUGGAUCCCCGCUUGGUAAUAUAUUUGGUCAACAGGACCGUAAGGCAGGAGACGCAUUGAAAGAAUUUGGAAUCGACUUGACUCAAAAAGCUCGUGAUGGAAAACUUGAUCCAUGUAUCGGCCGUACUGAGGAGAUUCGUCGAACGAUCCAAAUUUUAUCACGUCGAACCAAGUCAAAUCCAAUCCUGAUAGGCCCAGCUGGUGUUGGGAAAACUGCGAUAAUGGAAGGUCUUGCUCAAAGGAUACUCAACAAAGAAGUGCCCGAAAGUAUACAGGAUAAGCGAGUCAUCUCGAUCGAUCUUGCAACUCUUGUGUCUGGGACUGCCUUGAGAGGCUCAUUUGAGGAAAAAUUCAAGGCAUUACUCUCCGAUAUUGAGGCGGAAGAAGGCAAGGUUAUAGUGUUCAUCGAUGAGAUUCAUACUUUACUCAACUUGGGAAAAGCUGAAGGAUCUAUCGAUGCUGGCAACAUGAUCAAGCCAGCUUUAGCGAGAGGUCUUCAACUUGCGGGUAGUACAACUCUUGAUGAGUAUCGUAGUAUUGAAAAAGAUCCAGCCUUAGCUCGACGAUUUCAAUCGGUCUUAGUCAACGAACCAAGUGUGACUGAGACUGUGAGUAUUUUAAGAGGAUUGAAACCAAGAUAUGAAGUUCAUCAUGGUGUCAGUAUAUCGGAUGGUGCUUUGGUCACCGCCGCGGCUUAUUCCAACAGAGUCAAACGGUUUCUUCCCGAUAAGGCGAUAGAUUUAGUAGACGAGGCAGCCUCAUCACUUAGACUCCUACAAGAGAGUAAACCCGAUCAGUUGGAAAAUUUAGAAAGGCAAAUCAUUACAUUACAAAUCGAACUUGAAUCUUUAAAAAAUGAUAAAGAUGAAUUUUCUCUCUCUCGUGUGGCUAAAAUCAAAAAAGAGAUAGAUGAAUUGAAAUCUGAAGCCAGCAAACUAACUGAAAAAUGGAAUGAAGAAAAGGGUAAAUUGGAUGAAGUCAAGAAUAUGAAGAUUAGACUUCAAUCCGCAACAAUGGAAUUAGUAGAAGCUCAAAGAUCUCAGAACUACCAACGUGCCUCUGAGUUAUCAUUUGGUGUGAUACCUGAACUAGAACGUAAAAUUAAAGAAUUCGAGACUUUAGAAGACGAAGACGAUCAUCUUUCAGAAUCCGGGGACCCAUCUCUCCUUGUAUCAAACCGAGUAACUUCUAACGAUAUAGCAAGAGUAGUAGCAAAGAUGACAGGAAUACCAGUUCGAAAUCUGAUCAAAGGAGAACGUGAAAGGUUGUUGACCAUGGAAACUGAACUUCGCCAACGUGUUGUUGGGCAAGAUGAAGCAUUACAAGUUAUAUCUGAUUCAGUUCGACUUAGUAGAGCUGGACUUAAUCCUACUACUCGCCCCAUUGCUAGCUUUUUGUUUUUGGGACCCACCGGGGUUGGCAAGACCGAAUUAUGCAAGGCGCUUGCUACAUUCUUGUUCGAUACACAGAGAUCAUUGAUUCAGAUCAAUAUGUCCGAGUACAGCGAGAAGCACACUGUAUCUCGCUUGAUUGGAGCCGCCCCAGGGUACGUUGGAUACGAGGAUGCAGGACAACUUACUGAGCAAGUGAGAAGGAAGCCAUUCAGUUUGAUCUUGUUGGAUGAAUUUGAGAAAGCAAACAAAGAAGUAGCCAACAUCUUACUUCAAAUACUCGACGAAGGAACCUUGACUGAUUCGCAAGGAAGAAAAGUGGAUUUCCGUAACACUAUCAUUGUUCUCACUUCCAAUCUUGGUGCAGAGAUUUUGAAACAACCAAAAGCUAUUGAUCCCAAGACUGGCGAAGUAACAGAAGGAGCCAAAGAAGCCGUAAAGCGUGUAGUGGAAAUGAAUUAUCCACCCGAGUUGAUUAAUCGAUUAGAUGAACUUGUGGUUUUUAACUCUCUAUCAAAGGAAUCUAUACGACAAAUCGUUGAAAUCCGAUUGAACGAAUUACAAGAUGUGUUGAUUGAACGUAGGAUCAUUCUAGAAAUUGAUCAAAUGGCUAAGGAGUGGUUAGCAGAUAAAGGAUAUGAUGCGAUUUAUGGAGCACGUGCACUUAAUCGAACUAUUGCUAAAGAAUUAAGGAAACCUCUGGCGACUGCUUUACUCAAUGGUACUGUUCGGGAUAUGGAUCAUGUCCGGAUUACAUUGAAAGAUACCAAAGAUCAAUUAGAAAUUGAACAAAAACAUUCACCUUAUACCACAAGUGAUUCACAAGAAAAGGUGAAAGGAUUAAAAGAAUUGAAAAUUGUUGAUCCGGAAGAUUGAGAUGACUUUCAAGAGUUUUUUUCCAAGUGCUCGCAUUUAACAGCAGUAGACAUUGUCGUUUUGUAAAGUAGAUGUAGAUGUGUAAAAAAUUAAAGAGCACUGUAAAUGCAAUGGAAUGGCUCGUAU